AUGACCAUCUCCUACACGCUGAAAGUCGCCAACUCCCAUUUUGGGGGCUUCUCCAAGCUGCUCUUCCGCUGGAAAGGCAGCAUCUACAAGCUGCUCUACAAGGAGUUCAUCGUCUUUGUGGUGCUGUACGCGGUGCUGAGCCUCAUCUACCGGCGGCUGCUGACCGAAGACCAGAAGCGCCUCUAUACCAAAGUGGCUCAAUACUGCAAUCGCUCCACAGACCUCAUCCCCAUGUCAUUUGUCCUAGGUUUCUAUGUCACCCUGAUUGUGAACCGGUGGUGGGCCCAGUACACCAGCAUCCCGCUGCCCGACCAGCUCAUGUGCGUCAUCUCCAGCAACGUCCACGGCAAGGACGAGAGAGGGCGGAUCCUGCGGCGCACCCUCAUCCGCUACGCCAACCUCUCGGCCGUCCUCAUCCUUCGCUCCGUCAGCACCCGGGUGCUCAAAAGGUUCCCCACCAUGGACCACGUGGUGGAAGCGGGUUUCAUGACGCAGGACGAGCGCAAGAAGUUCGAGAGCCUCCACUCGGACUUCAACAAGUACUGGAUCCCCUGCGUGUGGUUCACCAACCUGGCCGCCCAGGCCAGGCGGGACGGCCGCGUCCGCGAUGACGUGGCUCUCCGCUUGCUCAUGGACGAGCUGAACCUCUACCGGGCCAAGUGCAGCAUGUUGUUCCACUACGACUGGAUCAGCAUCCCGCUGGUGUACACGCAGGUGGUCACCAUCGCCGUCUACUCCUUCUUCGCCUUCUGCCUCAUCGGGCGGCAGUUCCUGGAGCCCCUGGAGCCGGGGCAGGAAGGGGACCUGGACAUGUACAUUCCCCUCUCCACUCUCCUGCAGUUCUUCUUCUACGCCGGCUGGCUGAAGGUUGCAGAGCAGAUCAUUAACCCUUUUGGGGAAGACGACGAUGACUUUGAGACCAACAAACUGAUAGACAGGAACCUGCAGGUGUCCCUGCUGUCUGUGGACGACAUGUACCAGAAUCUGCCGCUGGCCGGGAAGGACAAAUACUGGAACGAGUCCACGGCACAGCCCCCCUACACCGUGGCCACAGCCGCCGAGACCUUGAAGCCCUCAUUCCUGGGCUCCACCUUCGACAUGCGGUGA